AUGGAGAACCUAAAAAGAAGGCAUCCCCCACAACAGAAGAUAUCUUCAUAUUCUCCACCUCCGCCCUACUCAGAUAUAUAUGAGUCAGUUUCACUGAAUGGAGACAAUUGCUCAGGAACAUACUCUACAAAGGAGAAGAGCCAUAGAAUCUACAAAGACUCUCAAUUUUCAAGCAGAGCACUCUAUUUUCUCAGAGAAUACAAACACACUAUAAUUGCUAUUACUCUAACUGCUAUAUCUCUCUGGACGCGCUUCCGUAAAAUUGAUGUAUCUGAUAUUGUUGUUUGGGAUGAAGCUCAUUUUGGAAAGUUUGGAUCAUUUUAUCUCAAGAAUGAAUUUUACUUCGAUGUCCACCCACCACUUGGAAAAAUGCUAGUUGGGCUAUCUGGCUAUCUGGCUGGUUACAAUGGCUCAUUCGGAUUUGAUUCAGGAAAACAUUAUCCACCUGAGGUUAACUUUAAGUUUAUGCGUCUUUUCAAUGCAACAUGGGGAGCUCUUUUGGUUCCUCUUGCUUACCUCACAGCCACUCAAUUUAAAAUGUCGCAAAAAGCAAGUUUACUAGCUGCAACCAUGGUACUAGCAGAUACAGCAUAUCUUUGUAUCAGUCGAUUCAUCUUGUUGGAUUCAAUGCUUUUGUUCUUUACCUGCUUGUCUCUUUUCACUCUCUCAGUAUUUCACAAUCUUCAGGAUCAAUCUUUCUCGAAAUCUUGGUGGCUCUGGCUAGUUCUCACGGGGCUUUCUUUGGGAUGUGUGUUGAGUGUGAAAUGGGUUGGGCUAUUUGCUGUUGCACUUGUCGGACUAUACACUGCAGAAGACCUUUGGGAGAAGCUUGGAGAUGUACAAAUGCCCAAGAAGAAAUAUAUGGGACACUGGAUUGCACGCAUUAUUUGCUUGAUUGUUAUACCUGCUAUCGUUUACUUGGCUAGCUUCAAAGUUCAUUUUGCUAUCCUAAGAAAAUCGGGUCCUGGUGAUGGACAAAUGAGUUCGCUAUUUCAGGCACAACUUGAAGGAAACUCGUUAUCAAAAAAUCCACUUGAGGUGGCCUUUGGAUCAAAUGUAACAAUCAAGAAUGUUGCUUACGGAGGUGGGCUUCUUCAUUCCCAUCCUCACCUUUAUCCAAGUGGAUCCACACAGCAGCAAAUUACUUGUUACCACCACAAAGACCCUAACAACGAGUGGGGUAUUGCUGAGCCCCGUUAUGAAGAAAAUCAGGAUGUACCCGAGGUUGAUGGUAUUCGUUAUCUCAAAGACGGCGAUGUUGUUAGGCUGGUUCAUCUCGCAACCGGCCGAAACUUGCACACCCAUCCAAUCGCAGCGCCUAUAACUAGUAGCCAUUGGGAAGUCAGUGGUUACGGAAAUGCAUCGAUGGGAGAUAUUCAAGACAACUGGAAGAUUGAGAUUGUCAAGGAUCUGACCCACAAUGACAAAAAUCAUUUGCGUUCCCUGUCGACACGUUUUCGUUUACGCAAUGUACAGCUUGGAUGUCUUUUGGGCUCACACAACACCAUCCUUCCACAGUGGGGAUAUAAGCAAUAUGAAGUGUACUGUGACAAGAGAAAUCAGACAGACAAUGACAAGACUUUGUGGAAUAUAGAAGAGCACAAGAACGAAAAACUUCCUAAACCACCAAAGAAUACCUACAAGUCUAAAUUCCUUGAUGACUUUAUCCAACUCAAUGUUGCUAUGUGGACAAGUAAUAAUGCAUUGAUUCCAGACCCUGACAAGGAAGAUAUACUGGCCUCAACACCUUUACAGUGGCCUUUUGUAAGCAUUGGACUACGUAUGUGUGGAUGGGGAGACAAACAGUUUAAGUUCUACCUACUCGGAAACCCCAUUGUAUGGUGGCUCUCUUCUGGAUCACUUGUAGCAUUCUCUCUGCUAUACUCUUUUUAUUCUAUUCGGGCACAGAGACAAAUUAAUGAUAUGAAACCAGAAAAAUCUGAAAAUUUCUUCUACGUCGGAAAAACACUCUUCUUAGGAUGGUUUCUUCACUAUGCUCCAUUUUUUAUUAUGGGACGUGUGACAUAUCUUCAUCAUUACUUCCCUUCACUUUACUUCAGCAUAUUUAUGGCACCAUUCCUUCUUGACCAUUUAACCGCCAAAGCCAGUGCUCGCACCCAGAAUCUUGUUUUUGGAGCUGUAUUUACUGCUGUAAUUGGUACAUUUAUUUACUUUGCACCUUUUGCAUAUGGUAUGAUGGGUCCUAUUUCAAGCUAUGCCGGUAGACGCUGGCUAACAAAAUGGAAUUUAUUGGAUACUUUCUAA